AUGAGUAUUCAGUUCCAAUACCCAUAUUUUACGUUUUUAGACUUGGAUUAUACUGUCCGGAGAAAACUCCCAGCAACGCAGCUUAAUACUGUUCAUGAUGAUCUGGUGAAUAGGUCUUCGAUGUCUGGAUUGGUAUUAAUUCGAACUGAAAUUAUUAAACAGUGGUAUGAGUACUAUGUAGUUUUAUGUGCGCCUUAUAUUCUGAUUUUUGAAAAUGAAGAAAAAUUCAGACAUAAAGAGUACUAUGCUAUUAUUAACAUCUGCAAUGCAGUGAUGUCACCCCGACAAUCAAAAAUGCCGGGAGUGUGUUUUAAAAUUGAAGCAGUUAAAAAGGUGAUGUGCCUUAAGUAUGGAUUUUUUGGAGAAGCACUGUCAAGGCACAGUGAGAGGGAAAUCCUAUUCAGAAUCGAAAACAUGAAUAAAGGUAAAGAUUGGUUUGACCAGGUCCAGUCAGCUUUCUCGUUGUCAACUACCAAAUUUGGAAAUGGAGAAGAUGGUAAUCCAACCCCAAAAGUGCCACCCACGCUCCCUCCAAAGAACAUAGUUAACAACACUUUAUCUGAUCAAAGUAAUUUGUUUAGUAAGUCACAAGAUGAUAUUCAAGUGAAGUCAAGACAAUCAAGAAACUCAACUUCAGUUGAUCAAAGUGAAAGUGUCUUGCCUUCACAAUUUGGAGGAUUGGAACAAAUAACAAGAUCGGAAUCAUUCGACGUGAAAUUACAAAACAGCCGAAACAGUGAAGUACCAAAUGUGUUGGACCUCUUGCCUUUACAAAAAACUCCAAUCACUAAAAAGCCUGAAGAAAAAGUCGAAGUCAACACGCCACCAAAAAGCGAAUUAAAAAGUCCAGAAAACAAAGAAGAAGUACUUCCUCAAACACCUCAAGAAGUUGAAAAAGAAGAAAAGGAACAAAAUGAGAAAAUUACUACUGAAACAAUUUCUAAUUCCAAAGAAUCUACAGAAAAUGUUAUUGAAAAAUUAGAAAGUUCGUCUCAUUACGUUCAUGCAGAAAACGACUUAAAAGCGUUCUUUGAUGCGACAGAAGAAGGCAAAUCGAUCAUUUGGGAUUUACUUAAACAAGUCCGUCCAGGGAUGGAUCUCAGUCGAAUCUCCUUCCCGUCGCACAUUCUGGAGCCACGGUCGUUUCUUGUGAAGACCACGGAUUACUUCUCACACAUUCAGAUGUUUGAAAAGAUCUCCUCAGAACCCGAUGCGUCAAGGCGAAUGCUUCUUCUAGUGAGUUGGUUGUUGAGUGGAUUUUAUUUGAUGCCGACGGGAAUCAAGAAGCCAUACAAUCCCGUUCUUGGCGAGACUUUUAGAACUAUGUGGAAACAUCCUGAUGGGACACAUUCAUAUCUUAUUGGUGAACAAGUCUCCCACCACCCACCAAUAUCCGCUUUCUACGCUUCAAAUAGAGCACAGGGGUGGAUGGGAAAUGGUUACAUCAAAUUCUCAACUGUCUUUCGUGGACUCUCAGCUGGGAUUAUACUUGGUGGGGGUAUCGACAUUUACUUGUUGAAGUGGAAUGAACAUUACACUAUGACAUUCCCAGAAGCACUUGCCUCAGGAUUCUUUGUUGGUCCAAUGUUGAUGGAAAUAGCUGGAAAGAGCACUUUCAAUUGUAAGGAAAGUGGGUACUCCGCUGAAAUUACAUUCAACACGAGGGGAACAUUUUCGUGGGACAAGUAUCAGACCGUGACGGGGAAGAUUACACAUGAAGGGAAAGAGGUGUACACUGUGUCAGGAAAUUAUUACAAAGAGCUGUUUUACACUGGAAGUGACAAAGUCAAGAAGAGUCUUCUCGACAUCAACAAGUUGAAGAUGGAGAAGGGUGCUGAGCGGUUUACUGUAGAUAAGAAGACUCAAGGCGCGUUCGAAAGUGACAAGUUGUGGGAGAAAGUGACAGAAGCAAUUUACAAAGGCGACCAAAAAGUCGCGACUGACGAGAAAUGCAUUCUUGAAGAGGAACAACGAGAACGUGUCCGCGUCAAUGAGACUAAUGGGACUCCUUAUGAGACUAAGUACUUUGUGGCAGAUGACACACUCGGGUGGAAGUACGUCGACUUCAACAACAAGCAGUUCAACAGCGAACUGGAGGUCUGCGACUACGAGAAGGACUACCACAUCAAAACGCUUACUAAAGAGGAUCUGAUGCAACAGAAUGUACUUAAAGUAGAAACAGAGAAACCAAAUGAAGUAAUCACCAGUGAGAAUACAACUUCCCAAUGCGUUUCACAAAUAACAAAUGAGGAAAAAACAGAAUGUUCUACUCUUGUUUUAGGAGAACAGUUGUUGACAAAGGAAAAAGAAGAGAAAACUUCAGUGAUUGUCCGAAAUGUGAGUGUUGAGGAUGUUGAGAAAAUUGUGGAAAUAAACGUCAAACAAGCAGAAAAACAUCUUCAGAACAUUAUUAAUACACAGGGAGACAAAAACAAACAAGGGAUUGAUAAAAUCUCUAAAAGAGAGUCUACAGUUAUCAUUUUGAACGUUAUUAUCCUUGUCCUCUUGGUCAUUCUAUUCAUUAGAUAA